GUUGAAUGCGCCGCAGUUGGGUAUAAAAGUUGUCGACGAUUCGCAAAGUGACAUCAGACAGUUUUCAACUCAAGUUCGAGAAGACGCAGCCAGCUAAGCUAAAACACACACUCAACAUGUUCAAAUACGCCGUUGUUCUCUUCGCCCUCAUCGCUUGCGCCGCCGCUAAACCCGGUCUCCUCGCUGCCGCUCCCUUGGCCUACGCUGCUCCCGGCGCAGUUGUCGCCGCUCCAGCUCCCGUUGUGACCGCCACCAGCAGCCAAGUGAUCGCCCGCAACUACAAUGGCAUCGCAGCUGCUCCAAUUGUCGCCGCCGCCCCAGUAGCCGCCCCCGUUGUUGCCCGUUAUGCCGCCGCUGCCCCUCUGGCCGCUCCAUUGGUGUCUGCCCACUACGCUGCCGCUCCUUUGGCCGCCCCAUUGGCUGCUGCUCCACUCGUUGCCCGUUAUGCUGCUGCUGCUCCUCUAUCUGCACCGCUUUUGUGGUAAGAAAAGGAUGAUAAUUGAUUGAUUGAAAAGGCUGAUAUGUGUAUUGUU